AUGGGACUUCCAGUGCUUUUCAGAUGGCUUGUAUUCACAGUGGUGGUGCCCGCCUGGUUGCUUGCUGCUCCAAGCCCCAUCCGUGAGCGUCCCUGCCCCCAGAGCUGUAGAUGUGAUGGGAAAAUAAUAUACUGUGAAUCCAAUGCCUUCCGUGACGUGCCAAACAAUGUGUCUGUAGGCACACAGGGCCUGUCCCUGCGUUACAACAGCCUGGUGAACCUCAGAGCCCACCAGUUUGCAGGGCUGAGUCAACUAGUUUGGCUCUAUCUCGACCAUAAUUACAUCAACGCUGUGGAUGGCCAAGCUUUCCAUGGGAUACGGAGGCUGAAAGAACUGAUUCUCAGCUCGAAUAAGAUCACACAGCUAAAAAACAACACUUUCCACGACGUUCCGAAUUUACGCAAUCUCGACCUUUCCUACAAUAAACUGCAGGUUCUCCAGCCUAACCAGUUCGUGGGUCUACGGAAACUGUUGAGUUUGCACUUGAGGUCAAAUUCCUUAAAAACUGUCCCGAUGCGAGUUUUCCUUGAUUGUCGCAACCUGGAGUUUCUUGAUAUUGGCUACAACAGGCUACGGAGCCUCACACGUAAUGCUUUUGCAGGACUCCUUAAGCUCAUCGAGCUUCAUUUGGAGCACAACCAGUUCUCAAAGAUAAAUUUUGCUCAUUUCCCCCGCCUGACUAACCUGAGGGCGCUCUAUUUACAGUGGAACCGUAUCAAACUGCUAACCCAGGGCCUGCCAUGGAUGUGGACUUCCUUGCAAAAGCUGGAUGUUUCAGGAAAUGAACUCCAAGUGCUGGACCCGAGUACAUUUCAAUGCCUCCCAAAUCUCCAGACACUUAAUCUGGACUCCAACAAACUCAGCAAUGUGUCUCAGCAGACGGUGGAGGCUUGGAUCUCGCUCACCACCAUCAGUCUGGCUGGUAAUUUGUGGUACUGUAACCCCAACAUAUGUCCCCUGGUGGCCUGGCUCAAGGCCUUCAAGGGUAACAAGGAGUCCACUAUGAUUUGUGCUGGCCCUAAGGAGGCGCAGGGAGAGAAAGUGACAGAUGUGGUGGAGACGUAUAACAUUUGUACAGCAACGCCGGCUCCCAUCCCCUCAACAACAUCGCCCUUCACUCCAGCAUUUCAGCCCAAGCUGCUGCCUCUCCCGACACAGUCUGUGGUGGAUAAGAAGCUGAUCUGGAACAUGACAGCGUCCCCGACUCCUUCCGAGGCCUCCCCCACCAUCCCCUUGCCAGAGUAUGUGUCCUUCCACAAGAUCAUAGCUGGUAGCGUGGCCCUCCUCUUAUCUGUGGCUAUAAUUCUACUGGUUAUCUAUGUCUCAUGGAAGCGCUAUCCCAGCAGUAUCAAGCAGCUUCAGCAGCGCUCGGCGGUUAAAAAGCGCCAGAAAAAGGCACGGGAGACUGAGCGCUCCCUUAACUCACCGCUGCAAGAGUACUAUGUGGACUACAAGCCUUCACACUCAGAGACUAUGGAUGUGCUGGUUAAUGGGACAGGACCUUACACAUACACCAUCUCAGGCUCCAGGGAAUGCGAGAUACCACGGCAGCUGAGUGCUCUGACGUUGUACAGGUGUGAGCAGUCGGUCCUGGAUUACUGUCAUGCCCACCUGUCACUGCACCUCAACGUGGGCAUGGAGCCCCAAACUCAGGCACUGGGAGGUCUGAGGCCAGCUGGGUACCAAAUGGCGGCCCUUCCCUCCAAGCCUGUGCUGCCUUGCCCCCAGACCCACUCCCUCCACCAGUGA